AUGUUCUCCUCGUCACCCCAGGGCAAUUCGCCUUCGCCUCCUCCCGCGCCUUCCUCCGCUCCUCCAGUACAUCUGGAAAUAACUGUCGAUGGGCAGCAUGUCCGUUCUCACCUCGAGAACACCGCAGCGCUUGGACGUGUGUCGUCAAAGUCGGGUGACAUUCCGACAAUCGCUCAAGGAUUGGCCACCUUUCAACUUGAGCUUGCCAACUUGUUGAACCCCCUUGGUCAUCGCACCACUAGGGAUGUUGCCGCAGACGUCAAUCAUGGAGCAAGUGACGCCAGUGAUGCCAGGUCGGUAUCCUCGGGCCGUUCGUCGAAAUUUAGAAUCAGGAAACGUUUGUCGAGACUUUUCAAGGGAGGCCCUAAAGUCAAAGAGACUGUUUCCACUUCAGCAGCCUCAUCAGCGCCAGUUACGCUCAUUGGCACCGAGAAACGCAUCCAGUCCUCCGCACCUGACCGUAACGCGGCGCCUGUCUCGUUGGAACUGCACUCACCAGCACAUUCCACUGAAAUGUCGUCCACGCCACUCGUUGUUCUAGCUACUCAGAUGCAACAAAAUCCUGCUGCGUAUGGAACCCUCCGUGUAGACAUCUUCCCCGAGAACGUUGCGAAACCUACCUACAAGACCGACCUGCCCAAGCCACAUGCUCGUAUUGACAAGACCUCGCAGCUUGUCUACUGCUGUAGUCUCCUCUCCAAGGCUCCAGGACCGCUACAACCAACCUCGGACAGCGAUGUCAACCAGGAUUCGCCCCUCGACGACAAAGAGAAGGAAUGGGUUCACCUCAUUGAUCCCUUCUUGCAGGACCGAUAUCGAUGGCUUGUCGAGCAGUUGGUCAAGGCGUUCGCUGACGAUCCUCUCAAAGCGUCCGAUGUAGUCACCGAGGUUGUUCUUGUUGGUCCCGUUCUCGACCGUAACAUCUACCGCAGCUUGCUCUCUUGCUUCAUCUCCGAAUUUGAGCAGACAAUACCGCUGGAUGACAUUCUGCUCCAAGGCCUUGCGCAACUGGUCGAGUGCGCCUCAUCUGGAUAUCUUGUUGACGAUGAUCUGGUCAGGAUCGCUACUGUUCUCUCCAAGAAUCUGUCAAUCGCCCACAUUGGCACGAGCGACCACCCCUUGCACCUGAUACUGUCGCUCGCUCGAGUUCUCGAUGUAAUGGUGGCUGGCAAGGUUAAGGACCUGAACCGUGAUCGAGACCAUCAGCCGAUGCUGCAACUCCUGGACGGCCUGAAGAACAGCGACAAUGUUGUCCAGAGGUACGAGGCAACCUAUGCCUAUCAGGCCCUCCAGUAUGCACCUGAUGACGAAACUCCGCUCCAGGUGCUGUGGAGAUAUGCAAAGGUAGUAGCGGCAGGCGCAGGUGCAGUGUCGAGUGUUUUCAAGUUGGAUCCAGAGGGAUUCCUCAAAGGCAUCAAGAGUCUUCAAGAGAUCGGUGAAGGAGUAGUGGGAGCUGUUAGUACUGGAAUUGAGGUUGUUGAGACCCUUCGUGUUGGUGCUGGUGAGGCCGUCCGGGUGUCGGAGAACAAGUUCGACUUCAUGAAGAAGCGCUCGUGGUAUCUCGCCCUUCAAGGAACGGCCCUCUUCAUCCGCCAGGGACGACUUUCGGAUUUUAACCUGGUCGUCAGCCAAGCGCCUUGCCGCAACAACCCCAACUUUCAGUGGGGGAUUUGCCGCCAGAUCGGAGAGAUUGCAGUCGACCCGCUCUGGGAUGUUCUUGUCCGCCAGCAGGCCGUCAACUUUCUAGACGAGUUGUUCAGGAAUGGUGCCGACUGGAAACCGCAUGUCGAUGUCAAGCGAUGGAUUCUGACCAUUCUCAUCCAGAUCUCGGAGCUGUCAGAUGUCUCUGUCAAAAAUCGUACUGUUGCUUUAUUGCUAGACCUGAAGAAGGGCGCCAUCGCUGAUUUUCCUGGCUCUCAACCGCUGAGCAGACGCAUCCCUCUGCCAACAGCCUUUCCACUUCUCGCCCAGGUCCAAGAUAUCGCCAAAGUCGAAUAUGAGCUGCUUGACUUGCGGGGAAAGAGGAUUGCCGACUACAAGCAGGUGGUUUACAUCGACCCCAUGGCCAAACUCAGCCUCCAAGACACGGACGACAAUCUGUUCCCUCUUAUGGACAAGGUCAGGGAAUUUCUUGCGAACGACACCCAGGUUAUGCUUAUUCUUGGCGACUCGGGGGCGGGAAAAUCAACAUUCAAUCGACACCUGGAACACGAGCUCUGGCAGGAGUACAAGGCAGGAGGCCGCAUCCCGCUUUUCAUCAACUUGCCAUCCCUCGAUCGACCAGAGAAGGAUUUGGUUUCGGAGCAAUUGAGGAUCUACAACUUUUUGGAGGAACAGAUCCGUGAGCUGAAGCUGUACCGCCAGUUCACAUUGAUCUGUGAUGGAUACGACGAGUGUCGGCUCAAUGCAAAUCUGCAUGCCACCAACCUUUUAAACCAGUAUGGGUGGCGCGCCAAGCUGCUUAUUACCUGUCGUACUCAGUAUCUCGGACCGGACUAUCGGGGUCUUUUUGAGCCUAAUGCUGUGGACCGGUAUGCUCGUGUCCCCAACUAUCUUUUCCAGCAAGCGGUCAUCACCCCAUUCAGCAGGGUGCAGAUCGAGAAGUAUGUGGAACGUUAUGUUACUCUCAAGCCGCGCACAUGGGCCAAGAAGGAUUAUAUAGACAAGCUGGAUGCUAUCCCCAACCUAAUGGAUCUGGUCAGGAACCCGUUCCUCCUUACUCUGUCACUGGAGGUCCUUCCUACCGUUGUGCAAGGGAAAACCGACCUCUCCAGGCUUCAAAUCACUCGCACGGAACUGUACGACACCUUUGUGAGGCACUGGAUGGUUGUCAACAAGUGCCGUCUAGAAGAUCAAAGGCAAAAGUUAGACAGAAAGACCCAGGUGGCAUUCCAAGAAUUGUUGGAGGCUGGAUUCGAGCAGAGUGGGGUCAAGUUUCAACAGGAUCUGGCAGCUGAGAUCUUUGUACAUCAGCAGGGCAGGCCCGUUGUCGACUACAUCAACAAAAACGACAAAUCUUCCUGGAAAGCCGCCUUUUUCAGCAACGAACGCGAUAAGAUGCUUCUCCGUGAUGCCAGUCUUCUCAGUCGAGCCGGCACUCAGUACCGCUUUGUCCAUCGCUCCAUCCAGGAAUAUUUUUUCUCUUGCACCAUCUCUGGGCCCCCCAAGGAGCACGAUGAAUUUGAUCCGCCUGUCGAUUCCAAAACCUUCCCCAAUUCGCCCACCCUUAGCGCCCAUCCGCUGUUCCAGAGGAACCUUGUCGCAGAGCACUUGAUUAUCCAGUUUCUGGCGGAGCGCGUGCAGCUGGGCUCUAGAUUCAAGGACGAGCUCUUCGCCAUCAUUGAGCUAUCCAAGACCGACGAUCAAGCAGCUCAAGCCGCGGCGAACGCCAUCACGAUCUUGGUCAAGGCAGGAGUACGAUUCAACGGGGCUGAUUUUCGGGGUAUUCGAGUUCCUGGAGCGGACAUGUCUGGCGGCCAGUUCGACUCGGCACAACUGCAAGAGGCUGACUUGACAGGCGUCAACCUCACCAAAAGCUGGAUUCGUCAAGCGGACUUCACCAAGGCGCAGAUGAAGGGAGUUCAGUUCGGGGAGAUGCCGUACUUGAAGGAGUAUACAUGGAUAGAAUCGUGCGCCUAUUCGCCUGACGGAGCAUCGCUCGCUGCAGGUCUUCCCGGAGGACGCAUCAAAGUUUACGAUACUUCCAUGUGGACGAUGACUCGCACUUUUAAAGGGCAUCGAGGGUGUACCAAAAGCAUUGCCUAUUCGCCAAAUAGCCUUCAACUUCUUUCAGGCAGCGAGGACAAGACAGUACGAUUGUGGGACUGCGAGGGUGGUUCAUGCAUUUUUGUGCUGGAAGGCCAUACCGAUGAAGUGUCAACUGUGGCAUUUUCACCCUCUGGCAAGCAGGUCGCCUCUGCUGGAAAGGACUCGACUGUGAGGCUAUGGGAUGUUCAGACAGGCACCAAUCUAUCCAUCUUGACCGGUCAUGGUGGAUGGAUUCGUAGCAUUUCCUACUCACCCGAUGGACAUGCGGUUGUGUCAGUUGACGACAAUAGGAUGAUCCGCUUUGACACACAGACUGGACAGCCAGGAAAUGUCUGGGAGAGUCAAAGUGAUUUGAUGAAUAGCGUCGCAUACUCCCCUGGAGGCCUAGAGAUUGCCGCAGGGUAUGGUAAUGGGGAGUUACUGCUCUAUAAUACAACUACCGGCAAACCAACGAGGAAUUGGAAGGCCCAUGGAAAAGCAGUCAUAGGUGUGAGCUUUUCACCGAACAGCCAAUGGAUCGCCACAUGCAGCUUUGACAGCACGGUGAAGGUCUGGAGUGCAGCAACAGGUUCGAUCCUGUCCGUCUUUACAGGUCAUAGCAACAAGGUGACACAGGUAGCCUUUUCGCCAACCGGACUCCAACUUGCCUCAUGUAGUUCUGACACCACCAUCCGACUCUGGGAUGUGAGCUCGUUGGGUACAGGCAUGGAUAUGGAGAGCAUAUCCGACCCGCUGACAAGCGUACUUUAUUCUCCAGAAGGCCGAGUUCUCUUCUGUGGUACCGAGUCGGGAGCUGUGCGGCAGUAUGACGCAGGAUCGGGGGAGUCUGGUCUAGUUACUGUUUGCGGAGACUAUCCUGUCGAGUGCCUAGCGGUCUCCCCGGAUGGUUUUCGAAUAGUGACAGCUGGAACGGACGACGAAUUCGUCACUAUGUGGAAAACUGGAACAGGUCAAGCCGAUGUUGUCUUGCGCGGCCACACAGAAGAGGUGACCGCCAUGGCCUUUUCAGCCGACAACCGCUGGAUUGCCACCGGCAGUUACGACUGGACAGUGCGACUUUGGGACGCUAGUUCAGGGAUACUGGACCGCGUGCUUGAAGGCCAUACCGAUCGUGUAGAUUGUUUGGUAUUCUCGCUGGACAGACAUCAAAUUUUGUCGGGGAGUUGGGAUGGAACUAUUCGAGCGUGGGAUUUGGACAGUCGUGAGUAUAGAGUCGUUGUAGAUGGCGGAUUUUACGAGGGGGGUCGUUGGACUAUAUCAACCUCACCCAAUGGCUUGAGGGUUGCUUCUAUAUCCUAUUACACCGAUAUUGAUGCUGCUGUUAUCAUUUGGGACGCGGAGAGCUGGCUUUCCCAACAAAUUCUAGAGCACGACUACGGCGACGCACAAUGCAUUGCAUUCUCGUCCUGUGGGAAAUGGAUAGGCGUAGGCUUGCUUCGCUCGGUUUGGCUCUGGAAUUUCGUCGUUGGCACGUCAGUGGAAGGGGGAGGUGGAGAGUGGAAGUGUUUGGUGCGUGUCCAUGAUUUCUUUGAAAGUACCAACAUCAUUACAUGGAGACCUGACACGCUGGAGUUUAGUACCGGAUGCGAGAAUGGGUCUCUUCAAGUGUGGAGACUGGUGGAGACGUCGACAUCGUCAUCGGAUGCAUGGUCGGCCCAGUUGGUUUGGAGCGCUGGAAAUCCUGUUCUAGCUGCCUCGGAUGCCGUUUUUGCCGAUGCUGUUGGUCUCUCCUCAGUCAAUCAGCAAUUUCUCACACAGCGUCAGUAUCAGCAUGGUGAUAAUGUGAAUGAAGAGUUGGAUGAAUGGGAGAACGGAGGAGAUCCAUCGUGGCGUUGGGCUGCCGGAUAA